GCAUUUUUGAGCGAUAUAAAAGAGGCAUAUAAUCUCCAAAGCAAUACACUUGGUCUACCUUCAGAUAGUUUCUUUUUCACUAUUAUUCCACACUCUCAUUAGCAUACCUAAAUCUAGCUUUCUUUUUCUUGAAAACCUUCGCAAGCUUUCUACAUCAGCUAGGACGCCAUGGGGUCGUUUGGUUUCGCCAACGGCCAGCCGUUCUCCUUAUUGCCGAAAUUGGACAAACGGGAGAUAGCCCAGGCAGAAAAGACCAUAGUCUGUGCCACAGCUACUCCCAUCCCUAGGCCACUUCAAGGAAGCUUCCUUGGUGGGCUGGCCAUUGCCUAUAUAGGGGUGGUGGUCCUUGUUGCUUUGAUUCCUUUCUCACACCUUGGUCCUGUUCGUAAUUGCUAUCAUGAUUAUUAUGAUAGGUGGUCAAGUGAUCGAUGCGUCGCCCAAGAUAGCAGCGUCAAAGACUGUAUCAGUAGUGGCAGCGCCUACAUCGCAGCGCCUACAUCAGCAGCGCCUACAUCAGCAGCGCCAAAACUGGCAGCAGCGUCAAUACUGGCAGCAGCUGGACUUAGCACAAGUCAACCAGCUUGGCAAGUAGGUACCCGGCCUGUUAGACAUAUGCAGCCAUCAAUCAUAGUACCGAUUGAUGUAUAUAGUGGCUUGUAUCGGCAGAAGCGUGGACAGAAAAAGGCUUUGGAUAAGAAGCAUACAUCACAGAAGAACGAGACAGAAUCAGCGACGAAUCACCUUGCAGGUGUAGCGGACCAAUGUCAGCAGGACUCUACCAAAGCUAAGCAGGCUAAGCCCACUCAACCGAUAUCUGUUACAGGAUCAGUCAAACCAGCAAACCUCCACCUCAUAGUCCUACUGAGCUUUGGCAUCAAAAUCCAGCUCACAGUCAGUUUCCUGGAGAAACAAUGGCCGUCAAGCGCUUUAACUCAGUCCUGGUCGCUCUAUGUUGAUACUGGCAAUGUUGCUGGAAAUUUCCUUGUACCCAGCAAUUUCCUAUCGCAACCGGUGAUUACUACGGAACAAGCCAUAUCCGAUGUCUUCAUGGAUAUUGAUACAGAAUCCUUCGGUAAUCCAUCUACUAUGGAUGAUGUUGAGUUCGGAUACGGAACAGAUGUCGAGAUGGAGGAUGUGAAGUUCGGAUACACAACAGAUAUCAUGAUGGACAAUUUUGAGUUUGGAUGCAUAACGGACAUUGAGAUGGAGAAUAUGAAAUUCAGAUAUCAUAGCAGAUACAUUGAGAUGGAGGAUACUGAAUUAAGAUAUUUAUCAGCGGUCAAGAUGGAGGAUAUUGGAUUUAGAUACAUAGCAGACGUCGAGAUGGAGGAUGCUGAGUUCAAAUAGUAUAACAGACGUCAAGAUGAAGGAUACGAAGUUUGGUCAAUUGAUGGCUUUUACGACCAUUGGGUGACCUAUACUAAUAUUGCGUAAGAUGUUGAUAAUAU